AUGUCCUCUCAAGCAAGCCAGAAGAGUCAGAACCCAGCACCAUCCUUCGAUCAGGAUCUCGAGAAGGCGGAAAGCUGCACAGCCAUCCCAGCAGUCGAACAAUCACAGUCUCCGGAUGAAGACGACAGCCUAGUCUGGUGGGACGGCCCCGACGACCCCGCCAACCCACAGAACUGGUCUACACGGAAAAAGUGGCUGAAUAUUGGUCUUUGCUCCGCCAUCACCUUCGUUACACCGCUCGCCUCGUCAAUGUUUGCCCCUGGAGUGCCAGAAGUCCUGGAAACCUUCAACUCAUCCUCCCGCCUGCUAUCGAGCUUCGUGGUCUCCGUUUUCGUCCUAGGAUUCGCCAUUGGGCCGCUCAUCAUCGCGCCAUUGUCCGAGAUAUACGGACGCGUCCCCCUCUACCAUGUGGGGAAUGUCGGCUUCUUCAUCUUCACCAUUGCUUGCGCCGUUGCGGAUAGCAUGGGCAUGCUGAUUGCAUUCAGGCUGUUGUCAGGUUGCUUUGGAGUGACAUGCUUGACUAUAGGUGCAGGCACCAUCGCCGACACGAUGCCAACGGCGCAAAGAGGUAGGGCCAUGGCAAUAUGGACGGCUGGCCCGUUAUUCGGCCCGGUAGUCGGACCAGUGGCUGGAGGAUUCCUUGUCCAGGCGAUGGGGUGGAGGUGGGUGUUUUGGCUUCUCACGAUUUUGUCUGGAGUACUAACCGUAGUAUGCAUGAUCUUCAUGAGGGAGACGUACGCCCCGGCGAUCCUUAACCGCAAGGUCGCGCGCCUCCGCAAAGAAACCGGCAACCCCAACCUACGCUCAAAGCUGGCCAAGGACACAUCCCACAAAGAGUUGAUUAUCCGCGCAAUCGUGCGUCCCAUAAAGCUACUUGUCCGGUCACCGAUCGUGCUGGCCAUGUCCUCGUUCAUAGCAAUCAUCUACGCGCUCCUCUACCUCCUCUUCUCGACCUUUUCCUUCGUGUUUGGCGAGAACUACGGCUUCGGAAGCGGCACUGUCGGCCUUUCCUAUAUCGGCAUCGGCAUCGGCAUGUUCAUCGGCCUCGUCCUCGUCGGCCAGACAUCAGACCGCCUUAUUGGCAAGCUGCAAGCAGCAGGCAAGCCUACGCGGCCCGAGGACAGGCUGCCUGUUUGGCUCGUUGGCCCUGCUGCGCUCUGCAUCCCAGUUGGUCUUUUCAUCUACGGCUGGACCACAGAGAAGCGCAUACACUGGGCGGUGCCCAUGUUUGGGACGUUGAUCAUCGGAGUUGGAUUGCUUUCGUGCAUGCUGUGCAUUCAGACAUACCUUGUUGACGCAUUCACUAUUCACGCCUCGUCUGCCAUGGCUGCCAACACGCUCGUGCGCAGCACCCUUGGCGCCACCCUCCCUCUGUGUGCUCUCGAGAUGUAUGACGCCCUCGGCUUGGGUUGGGGGAAUUCGAUUCUAGCUUUCAUUGCGCUGGCUGUCGUUCCCGUGCCAGUACUUUUCAGCCUCUAUGGAGAGCGCAUUCGGAAACGCAGCGCCAAUGUACAGUUUUGA